CACUGAGUCUGACACUCGGGUAGGAUGGCUGCUGCUUGUAAUCUCCUGGCCACGCUCAGAAGAGGUAUCGCCUUGCAGGCCGGAUGGCAACACAGGAGCAGGGUUAGCGCGGCCUGGAUUGGGCAGAACAAGAGCUGCAGCUGCUAUUUUUCCACCAGCAACCAGCGGCAUUCCAAAUUCUACUCCGACCCCGUGGAAGCAGUGAAAGACAUCCCAGAUGGUUCAACACUACUUGUUGGAGGCUUUGGUUUGUGUGGAAUCCCAGAGAAUCUUAUCUCAGGACUCCUGAAGACUGGAGUUAAAGGGAUCACAGCUGUGAGCAACAAUGCAGGUGUGGAUAACUUCGGCCUGGGCCUUUUGCUUAAGACCAAGCAAAUAAAGCGAAUGAUCUCUUCGUAUGUCGGGGAGAAUGCAGAAUUCGAGCGCCAGUAUUUGGAAGGGGAACUGGAGGUAGAACUGGUACCACAGGGAACUCUGGCAGAGCGGGUACGAGCAGGAGGUGCUGGCAUUCCCGCGUUUUUUACACCCACUGGCUACGGAACGUUAAUCCAAGAAGGCGGAGCUCCAAUUAAAUAUAAUAAAGAUGGCACGAUUGCUAUAGCCAGCCAACCGAAGGAGGUGAAAGAAUUCAGUGGGCGCCAUUUUGUUAUGGAAACGUCAAUCACAGGAGAUUUUGCUUUAGUGAAGGCCUGGAAGGCAGAUCUUGCUGGAAAUAUAGUGUUCAGGAAAACAGCAAGAAACUUCAACCAGCCAAUGUGCAAAGCAGCCAAAGUAACUGUGGUUGAGGUGGAGGAAAUUGUUGAAACAGGAACAUUUUCCCCAGAGGACGUCCACAUUCCCAGCAUCUACGUAGACCGUGUUAUCAAGGGUGAAAGUUAUCAGAAGAAAAUCGAGAGACUAACACUAAGAAAAUCUGAAAAUUCCAAACCCAAGCCCAAAAAAGAGUCUGAUAUUGUAAGAGAGAGGAUUAUUCGUCGAGCGGCUCUAGAGUUCCAAGACGGCAUGUAUGCAAAUUUAGGCAUUGGUAUUCCCAUGUUGGCAAGCAACUUCAUCAAAAAAGAUAUCACAGUCAACCUUCAGAGUGAAAAUGGAGUCCUGGGCCUGGGUCCAUAUCCUGUAGAAGAAGAAGUAGAUCCAGACCUCAUCAAUGCAGGUAAAGAAACUGUGACUGUGCUUCCAGGAGCCGCAUACUUUUCCAGUGAUGAUUCCUUCGCUAUGAUUAGAGGGGGUCAUGUUGACUUGACCAUGUUGGGUGCAAUGCAAGUGUCAAAGUACGGAGAUCUUGCAAACUGGAUGAUUCCUGGCAAGAUGGUGAAAGGAAUGGGAGGUGCCAUGGAUUUGGUCUCCAGCUCCGGAACAAAAGUAGUAGUUACUAUGGAACACUCUGCCAAAGGCGGCUCUCACAAAAUUUUGGAACAAUGCAACUUGCCACUUACUGGGAAACAGUGCGUGGAUCGUAUCAUUACGGAGAAGGCCGUCUUUGAUGUGGACAGAAAGAAUGGGCUGACGCUGAUUGAAGUCGGGGAAGGCCUUUCGGUGGAAGAUAUCAAGAAAUGCACAGGCUGCGACUUUGCAGUUUCUCCAGAUCUCAAGCAGCUUCAGCAGAUUGAGGAUUAAGUAACCUUCGUACUACAGCUCUUGUCGUUUGCCAGUGUAACUAAUCCAUUUGUAUGGACUGUGGUUCUGUAGAGCAGGAAUCUUCAAACUUGAGCUACCCAACUACUGCAGAGCUGGGACUUUCAACCAUAAACUCCCCAACUACCGCAUAGAUCUUUAGCCUCCAAGCUACUAUACAUCAGUGGCUCCUCAGCAGUAGAACAACCUCCAGCCUUGAGCUUCCAAGCUGCUGUAGAGCAGGGACAUUGAGCCUUGGGCUCCCAUGCUUCCCUUCAGCUUCCCGCGGUGAUCUUCUUGAUGAGGUUCCUCAACAGUUGGAGAGCCACAGCUUAAAGAUUCAUACUGACAUCUCGAUGUAUAAAGAACUGAAUUUAUAACAAGUCAAAAAUAACUGUUACACCAGAUUGGUAUUUUUGAGCACUUUGAAUAAAAAAAUUCCGUGAAACA